GAUCAGGAGCGGGACUGGGUUGGGAUCAGGAGUGGGACCGGGACGAGCCGGGUCCGCGGCGCCGCCUCCCGGGGGCAGCGGGAGCCCGGAAGAGCCGGCGGCGGGAGGAGAGCGCGGCGGCCGGGAAGAGCCGGCGGGAGGCGGCCGGAGCCAGGCGGGAGCGGGCCGGGAAGAGCCGCCAUGGAGCGGAAGAGUGCUUUUCCUUUGGGCCAAGCUUCCCCAGGAAGAGACAGGACUCUCAGUCAUUUCAGCCCCAGUGGGAAGAAGUUCCGGAGCAAGCCGCAGCUGGCCCGGUACCUGGGCAGCUCCAUGGACCUGGGCACCUUCGACUUCCGCACGGGAAAGAUGCUGAUGAACAAGAUGAACAAGAACAGGCAGAGGAUGCGCUAUGACUGCUCCAACCAGGCCAAGGUGAGAGCAGAGGCAGCGGCACUUCCCCUCCCUGCCUGUUGUUGUGCUGCCAGAGCAGUGGCUGGGAUAUUUCAGGGGCUGUGGGAGAGUGAAAACGAAGCGUUUCGUGAUCGAAGUGUGAAGUUGGAGUUGGGGGUGGGCCCGGGGUGCACAGAUGAAACCCUGCUCUCUGCCAUCGCCAGUGCCCUGCACACCAGCACCAUGCCCAUCACAGGCCAGCUCUCUGCAGCUGUGGAGAAGAACCCUGGGGUUUGGCUCAACACCUCACAGCCUCUCUGCAAAGCCUUCAUGGUGACAGAUGAAGAUAUCAGGAAGCAGGAGGAGCUGGUGCAGCAGGUGAGGAAGAGGCUGGAGGAGGCCCUCAUGGCUGACAUGCUGGCCCACGUGGAGGAGAUCGCCAGGGAUGGGGAGCCCCCCUCAGAGAAAGAGGGAGGGGAGGAAGAAGGAGAAGAGGAAGAAGAGGAGGAGGAGCAGGACCAUGACCAGGAGAUGGAGAAUGUAUAGUCCAGGGAGUUCCAUCUAAGAAUUCCCAGUAUAAAGCCAAUCAGCAGGGUCAGCACAACCAUUUACAGAGCCAAGAGUGCACCACCAGUCCAACUGUACCCCGGAGCAUUUGGAUGUACUUCAGGAAACUCGGGAGCUGAUGGUUCAUUCACUGCUGGGGAGUUUUGCAGGUGGAACUUUACUAAACUCCACUCCCCCUCCUUUUUCUAAAGGGGUGGGGUGAUUGGGAAUGCAAAAGUGGGAGGGGAUAAAGGAAUAUCACAUGGUGGGAGGGGAAAUAAUAGGAACCAAAUUUGCUGUCUCUUUUUUUUUUUAUUAUUAUGUUUUGUGGGUCAGUGCGAGGUGAUACAUUUUUAAGCUUUUUUUAUCAAAAUACCUUUAAUGACCCAUGGAAACAAUUUUCUCUCUAACCCAGGAGAGAGAGAGAGAUGCUGUUUCACUCCUUGGCUGCUCUGCUGUGGGCUACCUGUUUGUACCUGGCUGUAGGGAGGUCAUUUCAUGUCGUGGAUUGUCAUUCCAUAUGUGAAUUCCAGUCACUGAGUCGCCGUUUCCUCACGAGACCACAUUGGUCUUGGAAGUGCAGUCUCAGAGCUGAACUGCCAGUGCCUGGUCCCAGCUGAGGUUUGGGGAGUAGGGGGAGUUACACUCGAGGAAUUGGGCUGCCAGCUCUGGUAACUGGGCUUUGGGGUUGGUUCCACACCACACUGAGAGCACUCCCGAGCACAGUGUGGACUCUGUGUGUCCAAACACUCUGAACAGAGUUUUGGAGAGAAAUAAACCCAACCUGAGGUAUGUUUUGGUUUGGUUCAAGUCCAGUCAGAAGGACUUUUUUUUCUCAACUGGGGAUGGAAGGAUGACUCAUUUCUGACUGACAAUGAGGAAAACUUCCUCCUUUUUCUCUUCUGGUGCCAAGAACCUGCCCUCUGUUCCUCUGUGUGGAGGGAAGGGGAUCCAUUCCAACAGGUGUGGCCACACACCUGCUUUCGUGUGCAGUAAUGUUCUGACCUCUUUAAAAAAAAAAAAAGAAAAAAAAAAGAAAGGAAAAAGGUUGAUUUUUCUAUAAUUGAUAUCUAAAAAGGAAUGUAAAGGUUUUUAUUAAGUGUUUAAAUCUUUUCUUAUUUGCAUGUGCAGUGAAGUGACCAGCAUUUUGUGUCGAAAGUUGAACUGAUGUGAAACCUGCCUUAAUGUGUUUAUAAGUAUUUGGCUUCACCAUGGGUACCUUGAUUGAUUCCUCAGUCUCUUCCAGUACGUCUGUGAGCAUAUUGGGGUAACUUGUGGCUAAAAAUGGAUUUCUCUGGGGAGGGAGACAAGGAGAGGGGAGGAAGAUGAGAGUUUAUAGCUUGGAGAAUGCGAAAGUUAUUUUAGUCUUAGGGUAUCCAUUGCACAAUUCAUGCUGAGAGAACAGUAGAAAGUGGUGGAUUAAACACUGUGCCACUGACCAAUUGUACAAGUUGGUGGUAUCCCAAAACUUGGGGAAGAAAGUAGCUCCCAGAGCCUUUAUUGUGUGAGGAUGAUGAGCAGGGACAGCAGGGGACAAGGGAGUUGCCUUUGGGAGUAGUUCAGCUUCGUGAUCCCUGGAAAAUAUCCCCUGCCAGAGUGAUUGAUCCUGUGUUCACCCUUUUCUUAGAGGUUUGAAAAUACAAAACCCUGUGAUGUUGCUCACUUGAGUACUGCAAGGAGACUGAGCUGUGCUUUGCUGCUGCUCUGCCAGGUGCUGCUCUGGGGAGCUGUGCCUGGCACUGCAGGCAGUGACCAUUAUUUUCCUUUCUGAACAGUCUGUUACGGUUGUUACUCUGUAAACCUGUCCUCUUGUAAGUCAUGGUGCUGAAUUAAAUGUUUCUCACAGAGAAGAGG